AUGCUGCAGCACUUCUAUGGCAUCUUCUGUUCCCUCUUCCUUCCAGUACUGAUGGAGUCUUCCCAGUCCUUCAGCAUUGCUGUGCCAGCACUUUUUCUACCUGGGUCUGCUGUUUCCAGUUCUGCUCUAAGUGACCAGCUUCUGCCUCCCACAUAUUACAUUUACGACAUCUUCGACAUCUUCCUGGAAUUUCCUCCUCACCGCAGGUUUUUGUGGUGUAUUUUCUUAUAUUUGCAGCUUCUCAAAGUGUUGAGAACACCCAUCCAGAAAAGGAACUCUAAGCAGAAACAUACAAGAAAAAAUGACAUUAAAAAUAAAUACAGUUCAAACGAAUUGCCAGUCAUCAAAGAGCAGGUAAACCACCACAAACAUAAAAAACAUAAAACCACAGCAGAAGACAUCACCAGGAAAGGGCAUUCCUCACAUCUGCCUUGGAGGCUCAUUUCUAGUGUCCUCGGUGUCAAGUUCCUUCUUCUGCUGGGUGGAGCCAUCACGCUGGCUGCUUUUACCGCAGAUGCAUCUCCCCCCAAAACAUCUCCUACAAUCCAGCAAAAAGGGCCUCACUGUCAACCUUGUCCAAAACAUUGGAUCUGGUUCAGAUGUAGCUGUUAUUACUUCUCCAUGAAGGCGCUAACUUGGAGAGAGAGUCAACAUGCAUGCUCGUCUCUAAAUUCCAGUCUGGUGAAAAUAAACAAAGAGGAAAUGGAUUUCUUCUCCUUGAAAUCUUUCUUCUGGACUGGAAUUUACUAUAAGAAAAUUAAAAAUAAAUGGCUAUGGGAAAAUAACUCGGUUCUAUCCUCAAAUAUUGCCAAAGAUCUAACCCUGGACUCCAUACCUCUGAGUUCUGAAAGGCAGCAAGCCUGUUUAUCUUAUAGAUCAAAAGAUGCGUAUAUGGCUGAAAACUGCGAAAUUACUCACUACUACAUUUGUAAGAAUCAUUUUAUUGCUGGGCGUGGUGGCAUACACCUGCAGUCUCAGCGCUUGGGAGGCUGAGGCUGGAGGAUCAGUGU